AUGAAAGAUACUCUACUCGUAGCAACUUCUCAGGAUGCAAAUUUUCAAAUAUUUCCACUCGCAUGGGUAGUAGUUGAUUCGGAGAAUGAUGAAUCCUGGACUUGGUUCUUUCAGAAGUUGCGGUUAAUAACAGGUGAUAUGGAUGACCUUGUGAUUAUAUCUGACCGUGCAACGUGCAUCAAAAAUGGAGUUAGAAAUGUGUUUCGAUUUGCUCAUUAUGGUAAUUGUACAUAUCACUUGCAAAAGAACUUGAAGACAAAUUUUCCACGGUGUGAUGUUGCAACUUUGUUUAGGGCAGCGUCAGAGACUUAUACUGUAACCGAAUCUGAGUCCUACAUGGCAGUUCUAUGCAGUAAAAAGGAGGGCAUCAAAGAGUACCUAUUAGAAGAAGAUUUUCAAUGUUGGGCUAGAGCGCAUUUUAUCGGGAUACGUUACAAUAUCAUGACUACAAAUAAUGCGGAAUCUAUAAAUGGUUUGUUGAAGAGUGCUCGAGAACUUCCCAUGGUUGGUUUACUAGAAUAUAUUCGUGGGAUACUACAAAGGUGGUUUUAUGAAAGACAUGUUGAAGCAGAAAAAUGUGUGACCCAACUCACGCCAACAUUAGAGAAAAAGAUGUGCAUGACAUAUAAUGAGUCAAAUGGGUUGGAGGUAAAUCAGGUUUCUCCGGACAUUUAUCAAGUUGGUGACAAUUUAAAACACCACUUUGUGGUUUUUUACGAAAUGACAUGUACGUGUAGAAAAUUUGAUUUGGACAAGUUUCCAUGUGCGCAUGUAAUUGCUGCAGCAAGGUUUAAAGGAGACGAGGGCUAUAAAUUAUGUACCCCUUUUUACACUAGUAUUUGUUGGAAGCAAGCUUAUUCUAAAUUCGUAUAUCCUUUGCCAAACGAGGUCGAAUGGCAAAUUCCUAAGAAUGUGAUAGUCAGAGAAGUAUUUCCACUAUUGGCACGAAGACAGGGCGGACGACCAACAAAAAGAGGAAAAGGUCGGCCGGAGAGACGCGUGUGGCUCGUAAGUGUAGCAGGUGCAAGAAAACUGGUCAUGUUCGAUCCACUUGCACGGGCCAAGCAGCUAGUAGUGAACAUUAAUGUUGUAACACUAUCUUGUUUUUAUUUUAGGUAUUCAUGUUCAUAUUUUCUCACAGGGAAUGCAAACUACAUUCAUGUCGUUACAAACGACAUUGAUAUUGUUCUAGAGUAA